AAAGGCGCACGUGUUUUUAUAGCCUCCCGGAAAGAAGCCACGCAAGCAGCAGCAGAGAUUGUCCGCGCGUCCUCCCGUCCGCCCUCCCGGGUCUUCUGUCGUGGCCUGACUGCCGACCUCUCCAAGGGGGAAAGCGAGCAGAUGAAUCUCCUCUCGGCAGUCGCCCGCGAGACAGCCGGCAAGCUGCAUGUCCUCGUGAACAACGCGGGCACCAACUGGGCCGAGCCCGUCGAGUCCUACCCUAUCAAGGCUUUCGAGAAGGUCGUCGCCCUCAACCUCCUCGCUGCCUUCAGUCUCACGCGCCUCGCCUUACCCCUACUUGAAGCAACGGCCACCCUUGGAAAUCCUGCGCGCGUGAUAAACAUAGGUGAAGUGGUACUUUUGGGCGAGCACCUCUUGCACUUGGCCUCACUUCCCCCUAUUCUUCCUCCUCUCUUUCUCCCUCUAAUUCCUCAACCCCAAGGCUCGAUUGACGGGGCGCGCGUGACGCUGAUCGACCACUUUGCUUACUCUUCUUCCAAGGCCGCAUUGCAUCAGCUUUCCAAGGUCUUAGCUGGCAAGCUAGGUCACCGACACAUCACCGUAAAUACCCUCGCUCCGGGUCCCUUUGCCAGCAAGAUGAUGAAGGUGACCCUGGCGCGGGCGCAGGAGGAGAUAGAGGCGGGGACGGCCUUGGGCAGAAUAGGAUCUCCAGAGGUAGAUAUGGCAGGAGCAGCCUUGUUCCUGGCCUCGCGGGCAGGAGCCUACGUGACCGGCGCCGUACUUGUCGUGGACGGGGGGAUCCUGGUCAAGCCCCGACUUUAA